CCCAGGCCGGAAGUCGGCUCGCCGCCGCUUCCUCACGCGAAGGCGUGGCGCGGGUCGGAUGGUCCCGCCCGAUGGGCGGUUGAGGAAGGAACGGAGCAGCUGCGGGGACCUUCCCCAAGGCUGCGAGGCGGCGGAGGCCGCGCGGGUGGAGGACAGGAGCGCGCGGGGAGGGAUUCGGAACGCACCUGGCAGCCGGGGACCGCGGCCGCUCCUAGGGGCGCCAGAGCGCCGGUGCGCAGGCGUGGAGCGGCCCGGCGGGGGCGAGCCCUUAAAGGGGUAGAGGAUCCGGGAGUCGGCGCAGGACCUGAGGUCCCCGGGGGUCGGGGUGGGUGAGGAUCGUGCGGUGGCCGCGGACCCCCUCAAGUCCCUGCCCCGGGUGGCGAUGGGUAGUGGGCCCUCGAGAGCCAGGCCCCGAGAAGAGCCGCCCGUGGAGCCCAGUCUGGGGAUCGGCUCUGUGAGCCUCAGUUUGAGCGUGUCUCCCCGUCUCCAGCCCGCGGCGCUAUGGCUCACGUCAGCUCUCGCAAGCGCUCGAGGAGUCGAAGCCGGUCCCGGGGGCGAGGGUCCGAAAAGAGAAGGAAGAAGAGCAGUAAGGAUGUCCCGAAGAGCUGCUCGGCUUCUAGAUCCCAAGACCACAAGGCCAGCACCAUCUCCUCUGGGGCGGAGGAGAGAAGCAAGCACAAGGCCCGGAGGAGACCACGAUCCAGCUCCUCCUCCUCUUCUUCCAGUUCUUCUAGCUCUUCUUCCUCUUCGUCCUCCUCCUCUUCCUCCAGUGGUGGCCGGAAGAAGCGGGGGAAGCACAAGGACAAGAAGAGGAAGAAGAAGAAGAAGAAGAAAAGGAAGAAGAAGCUGAAGAAGAAAGGCAAGGAGAAGACAAAGGUACAGCAGGGGGAGGCUCUGCCGGGACCCUCGCUGGACCAGUGGCACCGAUCAGCCGAGGAGGAAGAGGACGGCCCAGUCCUGACGGAUGAACAGAAGUCCCGCAUCCAGGCCAUGAAGCCCAUGACCAAGGAGGAGUGGGAUGCUCGGCAGAGUGUCAUCCGCAAGGUGGUGGACCCGGAGACAGGACGCACCAGGCUCAUUAAGGGAGAUGGCGAGGUCUUAGAGGAAAUCGUAACUAAGGAACGACACCGAGAGAUCAACAAGCAAGCUACCCGAGGGGAUGGCCUGGCUUUCCAGAUGCGAGCGGGGCUGUUGCCCUGAGGGCCCUGCUGGCUAAGUGCCGGUGGCGUGGCCUGGAGACUGGCUUCAGAGUGGGCAGCAGGAAGCCCAGUGGGUGCUGUUUGCCUUUCCUCCUGCAGACUGGCCUCUGGCCCGGCCUCCUCUCAGAUGCCGGGGGUGAGGACGGGGUCACUGGCCUCAUCUCCUCCUGCAAGAGCGUCACUUCCCAAAUAUUAAAUGUUCCCUGGUUGGAAACUUUGUUAGGUUGGCUUUUUGUGCUGAAGGGAGGGAAGGUUGCUACCCAACUUCCAGAGGACAAAGGAGGCCUAUAGGACUUUUGGGGGGAAGGUGGGGUGUACCCUGACGUUCGUGAAGACCAGCCACCUUUGCUCUGCUCAUCCUCCGGUCAGCCUGCUUAGACCAGACCCUGACCCUGACCCUCAGCUGAAUCCCGAACCCAGAGACGUGGCUUUUAAACCCCGUCCCCUCCGAUUUGGAGGGAGGCUGCUUCCUGCACUGUUUAUUCUGCAGAUGACAACUGCUCAGAGUCCUGGUGCUGGGGCCGGGCCGCCGGGGUGGGAAUCCGGGCCCACGUUACUAGCUGUGACCUCUGUAGAGCAGAGAGGCUUUCAGCAUCCACCUGGCUGGGCUGCUGUGAGGAUGAACCGAGUUCAUGCCCAGGAAGGGGCUGGGAGGAGGCCCGGUGCAGGGGAAGGCUUGCAUAAGUGUACUGGUGUUACAGUCAGCGUAGCAGGCACUGUUGAUUGGGAAGGACAUCCUCUCCCCACCACAGCUUUAGCUCUGGGACAGGCCGUGCCCCCACCCCAGAUCCCCUCCCCACCCUGUGCUCUGUGGUUGCUGGUGCAGUAAAGAGACCCAGAAGGAAGCCUUCCUGCUU